UGACGAUUCUUGUACUUACUUUCUGGCAAGAGCACUGAAGCGUGAAUGUCAAUGCUUUAACAUUAAUUGAGUCAAUUGUUCUCUAAAUAGCGAAAUUACUCGGAGCUCACUCAAAGCCCGGUUGUCUCAACAUAGCAAGUAUAGCCGAGUCUCCAAAUCCCGCUUUAGUGUCGAGGAUAUAUAUCCGCUACGAUCGUUAAUCAACUCUGCAUCAUACAAUCACUACAUCUUGACGAGCUGCGAGCAUUACAAACCAGACUUCCGCACUACCCAAUUGAUUCAUUAGCCAUGGAUCUUGAAGAUGUUCAGAGAACUGCGCAAGAGCAGGGCCGUCUACAGCAAGACUUGUGGAAGAUGACUCAAACGUGGGAGCCUGGCGUCCUCCCUAAUGCUGCUGCUCUUGCCCGGGCCAGGGAGUCCCUUCCGAAGACUCUCAGCGACGAGGGAAUGGGAUUCGACCAGACCACUCAACAUGUUCUGGACGAAUUAGUCCCUGCCUUCAACCGGAGCAGCAUAAGCCCCAAUUACUACGGCUUCGUCACUGGCGGCAUCACUCCUGCCGCGCUUUUCGCAGACAACAUUGUCUCCGCCUAUGACCAAAACGUACAAGUCCACAUUACGGAGCACUCAAUUGCAACAGAUGUUGAAUAUUCCGCCUUGGGUCUGCUGGCCGAUCUUCUCCGGUUGGAUAGACGCCUUUGGCACAAUGGGACGUUCACCACCGGAGCCACAGCAAGCAAUGUCCAGGGGCUGGCGUGCGGAAGAGAAUACGUCCUACGGACCGCCGCUGAGAAGAAGGGUGUUUCCAUCAAGAGCGUUGGGGAGUCUGGCUUGUUCGAGGUCAUGCAAGCGGCAGGUCUCUCAGGGAUCCAGGUUCUCUCGACGUUACCUCAUUCCUCGGUGGGAAAGGCUGCUGGCAUCCUCGGGAUCGGACGUACGAACGUCAAGAAUACCUGCCGAAAUGAUGACCCCCUUCGGUUUGACCUAGAGAAACUUGAGACGGAGUUGGCCUCCAACAAAGCUAGCAUCGUCGCUGUAUCCUGCGGGGAAGUCAACACCGGUCAUUUUGCCACAUCCAGCUUGGAUGAGAUGAGGAAGCUUCGCGUGCUCUGCGACAAAUACGGCGCCUGGCUUCAUGUUGAUGGCGCCUUCGGCAUCUUCGGUCGUAUCCUUGAGCCAACGGCUGAAUUCGCGUCUAUCACUCGAGGCUGCGAAGGCAUGGAGUUGGCAGACUCAAUUGCAUGUGACGCGCACAAGCUGCUCAACGUGCCGUAUGACUGUGGAUUUGUCCUUUGCCGUCACCCCGAGGAGGCCAUGAAUGUGUUCCAGAAUGCAAAUGCAGCGUAUCUGACCAGUGGCCAGAAUGGGGAAACUUCGAUACCAUCCCCGUUGAACAACGGAAUGGAGAACUCGAGACGUUUCAGGGCAUUGCCAGUCUACGCCUCGCUUGUGGCGUAUGGGAGAAACGGAUUCAGGGACAUGCUCCAGAAGCAGAUCCGUCUUGCCAGGAUGAUUGCCGGUUGGCUAUAUGAUCAUCCAGCGUACAACAUCCUGCCAGCAGCUGGCAGUAAGGAUGCGCUACUGGACCAAACGUACAUAGUCGUGCUUUUCAGUGCAAAGGAUGACACUCUGAACCAGAGUCUAGCAAAGAGAAUCAACGACACUUUGAAGAUGUUUGUCUCGGGCACCUCAUGGGAUGGGAGACCAGCUUGCAGAAUUGCUAUCUCGAAUUGGCGGGCGGAGGAAGAGCGGGACUUUGCGCUGGUGACGGAUGUACUUCAGAGCGUGGCUGAUGGGAGCACCUAGGAAUACUCUCUUAGUGGUCGGCACUGUCUACUGGGAAUCAUACAC